UUCCGUCGCGUUCCGGACGGAGGGAGUAGGUCCAAACGGUGUCCAGCUCGACGCCGUCCCGAGCGACCAAGAGGAGAGAAAAGGAGGAAGAAGAUGGCCACCUAUUUCACGCUCAACACCGGGGGACGCAUCCCCUCGGUAGGCCUCGGCACCUACAAGUCCGGCUCCGGCGUCGUCGCCGGCGCGGUCACCGCUGCCAUCAAGGCCGGGUACCGGCACAUCGACUGCGCGCCGCUGUACAAGAACGAGAAGGAGAUUGGCGUUGCAUUGAACAAGGUCCUCGAUGAAGGCGUCGUCAAACGAGAAGACCUCUUCAUCACUUCGAAGAUAUGGUGCAGCGAUCUCGCGCCCGAAGACGUUCCGUCGGCAAUCGACACCACUCUGAAUGAUCUGCAGCUGGAUUAUCUUGACCUGCACCUGAUUCACUGGCCCUUUCAGAUAAAGAAAGGCAGUGAGCUGAGCCCUGAGAAUUUUGUCGAGCUCGAUAUGCCCCAGACCUGGCGGGCAAUGGAGAAGCUGUACGAUUCAGGCAAGGCUCGCGCAAUAGGCGUAAGCAAUUUUUCGACCAAGAAGCUGGCCGAUCUGCUCGCUGUGGCCCGUGUUCCUCCGGCCGUUGAUCAGGUGGAGUGCCACCCUGGUUGGCAGCAGGCCAAGCUCAGAGCCUUCUGCCGCACCAAUGGAGUUCAUUUCUCUGCGUAUGCGCCGCUAGGUAGGAUGAAAGUCGUCGCGGAUAACCCGGUGGUGACAUCGAUAGCCGAGAGCUUGGGGAGAACGCCGGCACAGGUCGCUCUACGAUGGGGCAUCCAGCAGGGUCAGAGCGUGCUUCCUAAAAGUGCGAAUGAGUCGAGGUUGAAGGAGAACAUUGACCUGUUUGGCUGGUCUAUUCCUCAAGAACUGUGUGCCAAGUUUUCUGAAAUUGAACAGGUGCAGAGCCCUUUUUCAGUUAUAUCCGUGAGUGCAGAAAAUGAACGUGUUCUUCGUGGUGAACAGGUUAAGCGAAUCAGGAACGAUUCAUUGGUGCACCCUCGGAGCAUUUACAAAACGAUGGACGAGCUCUGGGAUGGUGAGAUAUAACUGAAAAUCAGCGCCGGAAUCUGCGACUAGAAAGGAGCCGAGGAAUAGAAGCAUAUAUAUAUAGAAGAGUGAAUUCCGGGUUUUACCUUGUAGUUGUACAUUUGUCACACAUAUUACCUUAUUUAGUGGAACUUUUAUUAAAAUAUCAGAUUUUACUGACUUUUAA